AUGUCUCGUCCAGUACGACCUCCCUCGGGGGACAUCCCAAGGAACUUGAGUUAUAUCGCCGGGUUGUAUGAACGGGCCUAUUACCGCACUGCUAGACCAAGCCUGGAAGAGCAGGAGGAAGAGGGGGAGGCGGAUGGAUCUGCUGCUGCACGCACUGGCAGAGAGUUAACCACACAAGUUCCUCGGAGGUGGCGUUCACGCUCCGCUCCUGCACUGCGAACCCCGAAAAAAGAGCAGCGCCACCGCAGCCCUGAGACAAGGAAGAGAGUUCGCUUUGCUGAUGCCCUCGGUCUGGAGUUAGAGUCUAUCCGUCACUUUAACUAUGAAGACAUGCCUUGUGUCCCCCUCCAUGUCACCCACCGGUUGCAGAGGGAAGUGAAACAACGCUGGGGCAUUUCCCAAGAUGAAUCAGGUUGGUGUGAGGCUCGUCAUGCUUUGUCACCCUCUUGGCAGUCUGAACGUGGGAUGUGGGAAAAGCACACAUGGGAACGGCCUGCGUGGGAUAAGCAGACAUGGGAUCAGCGAGUGUCCCUGCAGAGCAUGCGCUGUGAGAGCUGCUUCCUCUGGGGUUCAGUGAGGGUCUUGGACCUGGCAUAUGAGAAGCGGGUCAUUGUGCGCUACUCCAUGGAUGGAUGGCGUACUUACCAUGACACACAUGCUCUUUAUGCUGCACGCCUCUGCCAUGGUGGGCCUGGACACCCUGGUACAGAUCUGUUUACAUUCCGUCUUCCUCUACCCCCUCAAGAUAGGCACCAGGCUUCAUCACUGCAAUUUGCCAUUCGCUAUCAAGUUGGGGAGGAAGAAUUCUGGGAUAAUAACAAUGGCAAAAACUACUCCUUGGGAGCUCCAGGAGAAGAACAAGACCAUUCGGAAAAUGGGUGGAUCCAUUUUAUCUAGAUAAAGAUGCCCAAAUAACUGACAUAUAUAUUAAUUAUUGAACAUCAAACUGACACCAAAAAAAGGGACACAACAUAGAUCCUGUGGUGCUUGCAAGGUUGAAAAAAAACAGCAUUGAAGGGUAAAAAAAGACUAAUUCAGAGUUGUAAGACACAAUAAGGAAAAUAUUAGGCGGAUUAGAACCUAGUAGACCGAGGUACAUAUGACACAGAAAUUUAAAGAUUGCUAAUAAAAUCUAACCUUGAAGUACAAGUGAGAAGCAACUAUGGGACAGAGUAAAACAAAAAAAAAGUUGUGUUUAGUGACCUAUGCAAAACUACAAUUGGUUACAGAAGACUGGCAGUUUUAAUGCAGAAUUAUGCUGAUAAUUGUGCAAUACAGCGUAUGCAACUGGGUAUUGGUGCAUCAAUUUACAGUACAAAUUGAUAAUAUUAUGUGAUAAUAUAGAAUUUAAUAACAUUUUAGUGUAUAUCUGAAGUACA